CAGCGUGUAGAAUAAGGAAUUGAAAGACGACGAUGUUGAUGAGAACGAACCUCGAGAGAACUGAACUGAACGGAACAUACAUCUCUAAGAGGUUCAGUCGCGCUCCAGGUUUCGUACGGCAUUGAAGUUCGGUGCGAUUUACUAGCUUAGACUGCGAAAUGAGGCUUAUAUCCGAGGGGCAGUUCAAUUAAGUGGAAAUACAAUCGGGUCAUUCUUAAGUGAGCACGCGUUCCUGUGUGCAAUUUCAAGCCAGAGUUGCAAUGUUGUUCAAACUGCCAAACAUAGUACCAAAGACGGUCAUCAUCUGCUGGUUCCUGGUGCUGUCAAUCGAAAGGAUACCAGCGGCCAGUGCAAAUGAAAAUACUCACUACAUGCCCCCGCUGGAGUGUUACGAUCCCUACGGUAGACCGCAGCGCUGCAUACCGGAGUUCGAGAAUGCCGUGUAUCAAGUAGAAAUUGAAGCCACAAACACGUGCGGUGAGGAUGGGGACACUCACUUCUGUGUCCAAACUGGAUACUCGAACAGAAAAAGCUGCGACGAUUGUCGGUCAGGGCAACAUUCACCGCAUUAUCUGACGGAUCUACACGAUCCCACCGAUCCGACCUGGUGGCAGUCCGAAACCAUGUUCGAGGGCAUCCAAUACCCGAACCAGGUCAAUCUCACUCUCAAGCUGGGCAAAUCGUUCGAUAUCACGUACAUUCGGAUUGUGUUUUAUUCGCCACGGCCGGAGUCUUUCGCCAUUUACAAAAGAAUAAUACCGAACGGACCAUGGGUGCCCUAUCAGUAUUACAGCGCCACCUGUCGAGACACGUACGGCCUGCCGGAUUCGCUUUCCGUCAUGAAGGGUGAAGAUGAAUCGCGAGCUCUCUGCACCAGUGAAUACAGUGACAUUUCUCCAUUGCGAGACGGAAACAUUGCCUUUUCAUCCCUCGAGGGCAGACCGAGUGCCAUAAACUUUGAACACAGUCUUGAGCUUCAGCAAUGGGUAACGGCAACCGACAUACGCAUCACCUUGGACCGCUUGAACACUUUCGGUGACGAGGUGUUCGGUGAUUCUCAGGUAUUGAAGUCAUACUUCUACGCUAUCGCUGAUAUCGCGGUGGGAGCCAGAUGCAAAUGUAACGGUCACGCCAGUGAAUGUGUAACCAGCACCAGUAGCACCGGCCAGCGAGGACGAGUUUGCAAGUGUCAACACUUCACCGAUGGCCCGGAUUGCGAAAAAUGUUUACCCUUUUACAACGAUGCUCCCUGGGGUCGAGCCACUUCGAAGAAUGUUCACGAGUGCAGACCGUGCAACUGUAACGGUUAUUCUACCAAAUGUUUCUUCGACCGUCAGCUGUACAAUCUGACCGGUCACGGAGGUCACUGUACGGACUGUGGCGCCAACCGAGAUGGUCCAAACUGUGAGCGUUGUAAGGAAAACUUUUUCAUGCGUGAAGACGGUUACUGCAUCAACUGCGGAUGUGAUCCAGUCGGUUCCCGAUCGCUGCAGUGUAACGCCGAGGGCAAAUGUCAGUGCAAACCGGGUGUUACGGGUGAAAAGUGCGAUCGCUGCGAGAAUAAUUUCUACAACUUUGGUCCCCACGGUUGUCAGCCGUGCAAUUGUGACACGAGAGGCUCCUUCGAUAAUACUCCGUCAUGUGAUCCGGUGAACGGAAUUUGCUCCUGCAAAGAAAACGUAGAAGGUCGUCAUUGUCGCGAGUGUAGACCAGGCUACUUCAACUUGGACGCCGAGAAUAAAUUCGGAUGCACUCCUUGUUUCUGCUAUGGCCACACCAGUGAAUGUACAAGCGCAGCCGGAUAUUCUAUCGUAUCGACAACGUCAAAUUUCAACAAGCAUAAGGAAAAAUGGACCGCAGCGACAGCUGCUGGCCAUCCGGUCGAUGUGAAAUAUAACUCCAAAAGCCAAACCGUCGGAGUUGGUGCCCAAGGUCACGAACCGAUCUAUUUCCUCGCUCCUGAUCGCUUCCUAGGAGAUCAACGUGCCUCCUACAAUAGACUGCUCAAAUUCCGCCUCCAACUCGUGGGCCAAUCAAGACCCGACGUUAGUACGUACGACAUCAUUCUGCAAGGUUCCAACAGCAGCAUCUCGCUUCCUAUAUUCGCUCAAGACCAAGCAAUGCCCACUGACGAGUCCAAAGAGUUUGCCUUUAGAUUACACGAACACCCGGAGUACUCCUGGCAACCGUCAAUGUCAGCGCGCGGUUUUAUGUCCAUUCUGAGCAACUUAACCGCCAUCAAAAUUCGUGCAAUCUACGCCGAUCACGGUGAGGCAUUCUUGGACGACGUGGAACUGCAAACUGCGCACCGCGGAGCAGCCGGACGUCCAGCCAGCUGGAUCGAGCAGUGUACCUGUCCGGAGGGUUAUUUGGGACAGUUUUGCGAAUCAUGUGCUCCCGGCUAUAGGCACAAUCCGGCACUUGGUGGACCAUUUAUGCCUUGCAUUCCGUGCGACUGCAACAAACAUGCCGAAAUUUGUGACUCCGAAACUGGAAGAUGUAUCUGUCAGCAUAAUACAGCGGGAGAUACGUGCGAUCAGUGUGCGAAGGGAUAUUACGGAAAUGCUUUGGGUGGAACUCCCUACGAUUGCAAGCGUUGUCCCUGCCCGGAUAAUGGAGCUUGCAUGCAGAUGGCAGAUGAUUCGGUGAUCUGUUUGGAGUGUCCCGUUGGAUACUUUGGUCCUCGGUGUGAGCUCUGCUCUGAUGGCUACUACGGCGAUCCUACCGGAGUUCACGGUGCCAUCCGGAUGUGUGUGGCAUGCGAUUGUAACGGCAAUGUGGAUCCCAACGCUGUUGGUAACUGCAACCGAACGACGGGAGAAUGUUUGAAGUGUAUACACAACACUGCCGGCAUGCACUGCGACCAGUGUCUUCCAGGUCAUUUCGGAGAUCCAUUUGCCUUGCCCCAUGGAAACUGCGAAGAAUGUAGCUGCUAUCCCAGAGGAACGGAACAAACGGAUAAGGGAAUUUCCAUUUGUGACGCGAUAAACGGAAACUGCCAAUGUAAGCCCAACGUUGUGGGCCGCAACUGUAACGAAUGUAAGAACGGAUACUGGAACAUCAUCUCCGGCAAUGGAUGCGAAAGUUGCAAUUGUGAUCCGGUGGGAAGUUACAAUUCGUCCUGUGAUACCUACACCGGCGAAUGUUACUGCAAGCCAGGAAUUAUCGGUAAAAAGUGCGAUAAAUGUGCAGUCGCUCAUUACGGCUUUUCACACGAUGGUUGUGAGUCAUGCGAAUGUGAUCCUAGCGGUUCCAAGGGUUCCCAGUGCGAUCAGUACGGGCAGUGUCCGUGUAACGACAAUGUCGAAGGAAAGCGUUGCGAUCGCUGCAAGGAGAACAAGUAUGACCGCCACCAGGGUUGUCUCGACUGUCCGGCAUGCUACAAUCUAGUACAGGAAGCAGCCAAUGAACAUCGACUUAAACUGGCCAAUCUGAAUAAAAUACUGCAUGAUAUCCAGUCGAAACCGAUUGUCAUAGACGAUAAUGAGUUUGCGGUUAAACUGCGAGCUGUUCAGGACAAGAUAGACAUUCUGGUGGAGGAUGCCAAGAGCGGCUCAGGAGGGGGAGAAAAGACGCUCAAUGAAAUGCUGCAAGAAUUGGAAAAGCGCUUGGAAACCGUGAACGAUCUUCUCAACAAAGCAGAUCAAUCGCAAGAACAAACUGAUUUCAAGAUUGGCAAAGGCACCAACAAUGCAACAAUCGCGAACAAUCACAUACAGGAAGCGCGUAGAGAGUUGGAAAGUUCAAUUGAUUUAAUGCAAACCGAUGGAAAUGCUGCUCUGAACAGAGCCCGUGAAAUAUCCGGUCAUCUUGGAAACCAGACCAACCAGAUCAGUGGAAUAUCGCGCGAGGCACGCCAGUAUGCGGACAAGUUCAAGAAGGAAGCCGAAGAAAACAAGAAGCAAGCGGAGGAAGCACUGGAGAAGGCAACGAAGGCACAUAACGCCGCUAAAAACGCCAUCAACUUGCAGGCGAACAUUGGCGAAGAAUUCCGGACUAACAUUUCCAACGAAAUACAGCAGGCGAACGAAAAACUGAACACCGUUUCGAAACUAACGGAGCAGGCACUGACGAAGGCGAACGAAGUUUACGAUGAAGCGUUGUCCCUGUUCGCGGCGGUGAACAACUUAUCGCCACCCAGCAUCGACAUCGAUCACAUCAAGAAGGAGUCGAACAAGUACAACAAAGAAGCCGACAAAAUUAACGAGGAUUUGGACAAAACUAUUGAGGAUCAUACAGCUCUACUGACGGAUAUCAGCGAGAAUAUAGAAUUGGCCAAUACCCUGCUUGAGAGAGCUGAAACCCAGAAAGACGACGCGAUCCGCGCGGUGGAAGAACUGGAAUACGCUAAAGAGCUUGCCGAGAAAGCGGUAGCCGAAGGCGACGGAACUCUGAAGAAGGCCAACUUCACCUAUCACACUUUGGCGGGAUUCAAGAAUCAGGUCGAGGAAUCCAAGCAGAAAGCUGCCGAUGCCCUGAAAUCUGUCGAUAGUAUUCGCCGUCAGAUAGACAACGCAAUCGAGUUGAUCGUAAAUUCGGAGGAGGCUUUACGAAGUGCAAAUCGUAACGCAAUCGAAGCAAGAAACAACGCGCAGGCUGCUCAGAAAAAAUACGCCGAAGAGGCCUCUAAGCUUGCAGACAACAUCAAGAAGAGAGCCAACACCACAAAAAAUACGGCACGCGAUUUGCGACACGAGGCGGAUCAGCUGAACGGUCGGUUGGCCAAGACAGAGAACAGCCUAACGGAACGCGAAACCAACAUCCGGAAGGAUUUCAACUUGACCAAGGAGGCGAAGGAAAAGGUCGGCCAGGCGCAGCUGAACUCCAACGAGGCAAAGUCACAGGUUGAAAAAGCGAUGAAGGAAGUGAAGGCAAUUAUCGAUGAGUUGGCGGAUCUGAGAGACAUCGACACCAAAUCGCUGAACGCUUUGGACGAACGUCUAACGGCAGCCGAGAGGGAGCUGGAGGAUGCGCAACUCGCGAACAAAUUACACGUUCUGAACGAGUCGAAGAACCUGCAGACUCAGAACAUCAAAAGCUAUCAGCGAGAGCUGGCCGAGCUGGAGAGUGAAAUCAACAACAUCAAAAUGAUUGCCGAUUCGUUGCCCGAGAAUUGUUACAAACGAACGCGCUUGGAACCGUAGUAAGCAGAGCAGUGCAAUGACAAAGCGAAUAAAAGUUUUAAUUUCAGCUAAAAAUUUCACGUCAUUAUUAACGGAAUACUUUAGUAGAAGUCUGAUUGUGUUCAUUUUCACAGCAAACACAGUGCCAAUUAUUUGUACAAUAACAUUACGCCUUAACGAGUGUAUAGGAUAUAAGCCGAAAAAAAAACUUAUUACCAGUUUGAGAAAAUUUUAAAAAAGAAAACUCAGUACUUUAAAAUGUGGACCACCUAUUUUAAGUGAAUGAAUUCGCAUUUUUUGUUCUCAGUCAUUGAGCAAAGACCCAGUUAAAAUAAGCAAAUACAUAUAAUAUAUUUCUCUUUGUGCUACAAAAUUUGUCCAAUAAAACUAUAUAUUAACGA